AUGGCGACACCGAACCCCGUCCAAAAUAUGCCCAUCCCACCAGAAGAGCGCCUCGCUCUCGAACAACAAGCCCGAUACCAGCGCAUAACACGUAACCUAGCCAUCGGCGGCCUCGUCAUAUGUCCAAUAAUAGCCAUACUCCCACCACGAAAACUAGACCUCUACACAUUUUCCCUAGGCGUCGGCUUCUACCUCUCCGCCGAUCAUCUCAUCACACUACGAACAGGUCGUGGCCUCGUACAAAACCUCAGUCCAAUGCGAACCAUGGACCUACCGACCGAACGCGCAAAGGAGAUGCAAAAGAUAUUGCAAGAGGAAAGGGAAAAGAGUCGGAGGACACUGGAGCGGAAGGAAGGGCAAGAAAAGAGUAUACUUGGGAAGCUGUGGAUGGGUGAUGAGGAGGAGGGUUGGAAGGAGCGGCGAUUGGAGGAAGAAAGGAAGGCGAUCGAAGAAGGCAAGAGUUAUGGCGAUAUGAUCUUUGAGCAGAUUUGGGACGUUUGGAAUUGGGACAAGAAGAAGGGAAAGGACGGUGAGAGCAAGAAGGAAUGA